GGUGUUGCUGCUUUUGCCGGCUGGUCCGUGAUCCAGACCCGUUGCCGCCCCGGGAUGAGCCGCGCUGCGCGGGUGGACGGUUCGACGAUCACUCAGAGCCCGUGGGCGGCGCCGCGGCUGCUUCCCGCUUCAGGGGCCGGCCCUCGGUAGUCGGGACUGGGCGCCGCGGGAGCAGGUUCCGUGUCCGGGCAGGGCAGGGGUGGACAGGGCAGGGGUGGACAGGCCGGGCCAGGCCGGGACAGGCCGAUGGAGAGCGCGGCGUUGCCGGACCUGGCGGCUGAGCUGACCUGUGCCAUUUGCCUGGAGCUGUUGCGGGAGCCGGUGACGGCGCCUUGUGGCCACAACUUCUGCCAGGAUUGCCUAGCUCUGUACUGGGCCGAACAACGAGGCGCAUCCGCCGGCUUCAGCUGCCCGCAAUGCCGCAGCUUCUGGGCCCAGCGGCCGGAGUUACGGCCCAACCGUGUCCUGUGCGCCGUGGUGGCGGGGCUGGGUCGGGCGCUGCCCGGGGAAGGGGCCGGUGAUGGGGACGGGGACGGGGCCGGUGACGGGGACACGGCGGUGCCGUGCGAUGCCUGCCCUCCCGCCGCCGCUGCCGCCGCCACACGCACCUGCCUCACCUGCCUGGCCUCGUACUGCGGGCCUCACCUGGAGCCGCACGUCAAUAGCCCGGCCCUGCGGUCACACUCGCUGUGCCCGCCGCUGCCCGACCUCGCCCAGCGCUGCUGCCCCCAUCACCACAAACUACUCGAGUUCCGAUGCCCGCAACACGCUCUGUGUCUCUGCGCUGUUUGUCUGCUCGAACACGGUACCUGUAGCACCCGCACCGAGGAGGAGGCCCGCGGGCAGCGGCAGGAGGAGCUGAAGGGCGAGCAGAAGGAGAUGGAGUUCCGGCUGAUGCAGUUACAACACAGUAUGGAGCGCAUGCAGUUCCAGAAGGAGCACGUCAAGGACUCCUCGGCCAAGGAGAAGGUGGAGGUGGCGGCGGCGUUGGCGGAGAUUCGGGCGAUGGUGGAGAGGGAGGAGGAGGCAGCGGCUCAGCUGAUUGAAGCGGAGGAGAGCCGGGCGGACAGCGAGUGUGUCGGGGCACUGGCGGAUAUGAGCGGGCAGCUGGAGCGGAUCAAGGAGCAUCGGCAGCGGCUCAACGUGGUGCUGGCUCACACCGGCGGCAUCGCCUUCUGGCAGAGGGUGGAGGAGUUGCCGGACUUUGGGCCGGACGCCACCAAGGACCGUCCAGUGGAGGUGGAGGUUGACGCGCGGCGGCUGCAACUGAUCAGCAGGGCCGUGACCACCGUGCGCUCCCGGCUGGCGCAGCAGCUCAAGUGGCCGCUGGAACGGCGGGUGAAGAACCUGGAGGAGGCCGACCAGGCCGGACAGAAGCCACGGCCCCCCCCGCAGAUGCCCGUCCCGGAGGUGACAGAGACCCCCGGAGCCGGCCCCGACACGGAGACAAACAGCGCUGGACCGAGAGAUCCUGCGGACACGGUCAGCGGGUCCGCCCCCCGCGGCCGCUCCAGAAAACCCAAGAACAAGCCUGAAAAUCAGCCGAACAUUCCUCCCCUGAUUAUGCCCACAUUCGGGCCAACGGACCACCUAUCCCUACUGUGCCAUCCAUUUCUGCCAAUGCCCGCACCAAAGGACAAGCAGGGUAGACCCGGUGAGUGGGGAACCAGAGGGUGGUCCCCGCAGUCGUUCGCCACUGAGGCAGAGAGGCAAAAGAAAUCGUCGGCACCACGGACCCGCCAGGACUUCAUGCAUUACAACUGCAAGGUGACCUUUAACUAUCGCACUGCCCACAAGAAGCUGGUGGUGGGCGAUCGUUACACCAGUUUGUGUGUGGGUGACAAGACACAGUCGGGGCCAGAGUACGCGGAGCGUUUCUACAACUGCUGCCAAGUGCUGGGUCUGCAGUGGUUCACCAAUGGUCGCCGUUACUGGCAGGUGGGAGUGCAGGGUCCGAGCUUCUGGGCAGUGGGGGUGGCGGCGGCUGGCAUGGAUCGCAGCGGCUCAUCCAGUCGGCUGGGCAGGAACGGGCUGAGCUGGUGCGUGGAGAGCUUUGGGCAGAAGCUGUCGGCCUGGCACGACAACAUACAGGUGCCGCUCCAGGUACCACAGCCCCAGGCUGUCGGUGUGUACCUGGACUUCGAGGCCGGGGAGGUGGCAUUCUACUCAGUGGGAGCCGCCAUGCUACUGCUCGCCCACUACAACGGCCCCCUGAGGGGACAACUGCAUCCCGCCUGCUGGCUCUGCUCCAGUGGGACCAAGCUCAUACUGGGGGACCGGACCCUCCUCUCCCCAGGGACCACCCAAAGCCCACCUCCCGCCCGCGAUCACCAUGAUCCUGGCUUGUUUGCACUAAGAUAUUCAAGUCUAUUUUUGUGAUUUUGUGUUGCGAUUCCCCGGAGUUGGGGGGGGGGAUAUUUUAGUUUAGAUAUACAGCACGAAACAGGCCGUGACACAAACUAGGGACAAUUUAUAUUUACACCAAGCAAAUUAACCAGCUGAUCUGUGGAGUUCAUUGCCGCAGAAGGCUGUGGAGACAAAGUCCAUGGCUAUUUUUAAGGCAGAGAUACAGUGCCCUCCACAAUGUUUGGGACAAAGACCCAUCAUUUAUUUAUUUGCCUCUGUAGUCUACAAUUUGAGGUUUGUAAUAGAAAAAUACUUCUUGGCAAACUAACCUGGCCAUCCUAUUUUUGCGGCUAACCAGUGGUUUGCAUCUUGCAGUGUAGCCUCUGUAUUUCUGUUCAUGAAGUCUUCUGUGGACAGUGGUCAUUGACAAAUCCACACCCGAUUCAUGAAGAGUGUUUCUGAUCUGUCGGAAAGGUGUUUGGGGUUUUUUCUUUAUUAUAGAGAGAAUUCUUCUGUCAUGAGCUUUGAAGGUCUUCCUUGACCUGCCAGUCCCUUUGCGAUUAGUAAGCUCACCAGUGCUCUCUUUCCUCUUAAUGAUGUUCCAAACGGUUGAUUUUGGUAAGCCUAAGGUUUGGCUGAUGUCUCAUAAUGGCUUCUUUGACUUUCAUUGGCACAACUUUGGUCCUCAUGUUGAUAAACAGCAAUAAAAGUUUCCAAAGGUGAUGGAAAGACUGGAGGAAAGACUGGGUACUGAGAGCUCUCUUAUACCUGCAUUAAGGAGGCAAUUAAACACACCUGAGCAAUUACAAGCACCUGUGAAGCCAUGUGUCCCAAACAUUAUGGUGCCCUGAAACGGGGGGACUAUGUAUAAACGCAGCUGUAAUUUCUACAUGGUGAAACCAAAAUGUAUAAAAAAAACCUUUAAUAAAAUCUGACAAUGUGCACUUUAACCACAUGUAAUUUUUUUCUUUUACAAAUCUCAAAUUAUGGUGUAGAGUUAAAUAAAUAAAUGAUGGGUCUUUGUCCCAAACGUGCUGGAGGGCACUGUAGAUUCUUGUUUAGUGCUGGUGUCAGGAGUUACAUAGAAACAAAGACAAUAGGUGCAGGAGUAGAGGCCAUUCGGCCCUUCGAGCCUGCACCGCCAUUCAAUAUGAUUAUGGCUGAUCAUCCAACUCGGUAUCCUGUACCUGCCUUCUCUCCAUACCCCCUGAUCCCUUUAGCCACAAGGGCCACAUCUAACUCCCUCUUAAAUAUAGCCAUUUUAGGGUUACGGGGAGAAGCCAAGAGACUGGGGCUUGGAGGGAGAUAGAACAGCCAUGAUUUAAUGGUGUAGACUUGAUGGGCCAAAUGACCUAAUUCUGCUCCUAUGACUUACAACCUUAUGAACCUACAAACAUGUACGCCUUUGGAGCGUGGGAGGAAACCGGAGCACCUGGAGAAAACCCACGUGGUCACAGGGAGAACGUGCAAACUCUGUACAGACAGCACCCGGGUCUCCAGCGCUGAGGCAGCAGCUCUACCCGUGGAGAUGUUGCUGUUUGAUCCAUGUAAACGUGUCUCUCAAUAAACCCACGGCAGGUCAUGCUCUGU